AGGGUAACUCGUGCGAUGCGCUACACCUCGAACAGGUACAAUAGGCAUAAUUAACAGUGAUUUAUUGCUGAGACGUUAUUGGUUGAGGUGAGCUAAACAAAUACUAGCUUCCCUUUUAAGAUCCGGGUGUAAAUUUUAUGGGAAUUUCUACAGGGGAGUGCCCAGUGUAUACGUACACGGCAUAAGAUCAGGAGGCGAGAGCUACAGUUAUUUAGUACAUAUUGGCAGAGAAACAGUCUCAGCAGUUGGUUGUGGAUCAUGCGGGCGUUGCUGUCUAUUUUAGUUAUUGUCCAGUUGACUAGUGCCAGCAAGAUUGAUAUUGGUGGUACGUCAUGGAUAAAGGAUGUUUUGCUGACUCAUUUCUCGUUCACGCGACAUCCCGACGUGAACGUGACUGCAAAGACGGCGGCCCAGCUUUUUAUUCAAAAUGAGUUUAAGGCGUACGGAUUAGAAGUUCUUACGAACUCUUUUCCAACAACCAGAUCUGACGUGACGGGAUAUAAUUAUAUUGGCGUAAAACGCGGUUUGCGCUAUGGGACAGCAGACGACAGGCCAGUCAUGCUUCUUGCCCACUACGAUACCGUCAGCACAACAGAAGGGGUGGACGACAACGGCUCGGGGAUAACUGCUUUACUUCAGGCGGCUAAAGCUCUGACGUCAACAGGGUGCACCUUUAAUUACACUCUGAUGUUUGCUGCAGUCGACUUCGAAGAAGGGAUUGAUUUGGAUAAUGACACCAAUCAACAGUUCAGCUGCAGUGGUUUGUGUGGAAGCAAGUUCUUGGUAGAUGACUGGCUGCCCAAGUGGUUUCAGAACGUCAGCGCCCUUGACCAAAACAACAACCCAACGUUUCAAGGCGCCAUUGUUUUAGAGACUAUUUUGCAUAUCAAUAUGACCAAUGACAGCCAAAUCGUCCCAGGCGCUUACAGACCGUACUUCCCUGACGUCUACACCAGAAUCGAGGCCAGGGGACGGAGGGGAGACUUUAUCGCAGCCAUGGGUCGAGAGGGUCAACCUGAGAUGGCUUUGCUGGACGCAUUCACGGCCAGUUGGAAAGCUCAAAGCGCGUCACCGGAAUUUGACGUGGAGAGGUUUAACAUGCCGUACAUUCAAAACCUUACAUAUGACCUGGCAUGGAAUACUUAUCGCGACUUGGUUCGCAGUGACCACUUGAGGUUUUGGCUGGGCGGGCUCCCGGCCAUUUGGAUAACGGAUACAGCCAACUUCCGAGGUUCCAUGAGAACAUGCUACCACAGCCCAUGCGACAACCGUCACCUAGCAACCGAGCAGAGCUUGGACUUCCUCGGGAAAUCUACACAGUCAUUGGUGGAUGCACUUGCAGCGCUGGCUGAGUUCAAUGUCUGUACAAUGUCUACGACAACCAGCCCCGUGUCCGGAAGCAACUGCGUCCAUGUUGACUCCAUGUUCCUCACUGCGGCGAUUUAUGCCAUAUGGCAGAGCCUUUAGUCAUCUUUGACUUUUUUCUCUUCGAAAAUUAAGUGUUGACAUAUUACGUUUGUAUAUGUUGGCAUACUAUGUUAAUGCCGAUGGUGAUUUUCACGUGAUAUACAGACUUACAAAACAAAUGGCUUACUAGCGUUUUGAACAUGUUUGAAAAGUAUUACAAUUGACUUGUAAAUUUACGUUAAAGCUAACAUAUUUGUGACACGUGUUUUAAAGGAGUAAUAAUUCACAUGAGGGCUUACAAUAUAUAUAUAACCUAUGUGUUUCAUUCGCAAAGAUAACUUACAAGCUAGCAAAUACAAAACAAACCAA